AUGGUCAUACGUUUAGAAAGAUACUCCGGACUCCGGACGCGUCCCGCCAACACGUCCGCUUCAACACGGAAUACAACGAGCGGUCGUGUUGACUCUCCCCACGAACAUCUCCCGGCGUCAAUGGACCCCAUUCUCGAUGGGCUGAAUUCUGCUCAGCGCACCGCCGUCACCUCCCCGGCCUCGAUCCUCCAAGUCCUCGCUCCCCCCGGCUCCGGCAAGACGAAGACGCUGACGGCGCGCGUCGCCUAUCUCCUGUCGCACCAUGGCUUCCGGCCCCAGGACGUCAUCUGCUGCACCUUCACCAUCAAGGCGAGUCGCGAGAUGCGCGAGCGCAUCGCCAAGCUGAUCGGCGAGCAACUCGAGUCGAAGCUCAUCCUCGGCACGUUUCAUUCCAUCUGUCGCCGCUAUCUCGUCGCGUACGGCCAUCUGAUCGGGCUGAAGAAGGGGUUUGGCAUCGCAGACAGCGAUGAUAGUCUGGCCAUUAUCAAAAGGGUCGUCAAGCGCCUUAAGGUCAAUAUCCAACCCAACACGGCGCGAUCGAGGAUUUCGAGUUGCAAAGCUCAAGGCAUCGGCUGGGAGGAGUUGGCGGAGAGACAUCAGAAGAAAAGCGUCGAGCAGCAGGAGUUUGUCCAGGUUUACCGAGAGUACGAGUCGGCAUUGGCUAAUUCGAACCUGCUCGACUACGAUGAUCUGCUGCUGCGAUGUGUGGAUCUCCUCCGACAGCAUCCACACUGCGUGUCGAACGUGCAGGCCGUCCUCGUGGACGAGUUUCAGGAUACGAAUCGGAUACAGUUCGAGCUGAUGAACCUCUUUGCGGCCAAGAACAGACGCAUCACCAUCGUCGGAGACCCGGACCAGAGUAUCUACGGAUUCCGCUCGGCGGAGAUCAAGAAUCUGGAGCGCAUGCAACGGCUGUACAAGGACACCGCGGUGGUGCUGCUGGAAGAUAACUACCGUUCGUCGGGGGCGAUUCUGAGUUCUGCCGAGGAGGUCAUCGAGCAAGACACGUCUCGACCCGCGAAGAAGCUACAUCCUACGCACGGCAUGGGCACGAUGCCUGUCCUACGAAAGCUACCUACGGCGGCUGCGGAAGCCCAAUGGCUCGUCACCGAGAUCAAGAGAUGCAUCGCUCUGACGGGAAAUCUCCUCAAACCGUCUGAUUUCGCAGUGCUCCUCCGGUCGGCGUCCCUGUCUCGCCAGAUCGAAUCGGAGCUGGGCAAGCAAGGAAUCCCAUAUCGGAUGGUAGGUGGCUUCCGGUUCUUCGACCGAGUUGAGAUCAAACUCCUGCUCGACUAUCUCCGUGUCGUGAGCCACCCGGAAAAUACGGACGCACUGAGCCGUAUCAUCAAUGUGCCAUCUCGAAGGAUCGGUGACGAGACGGUGAAAAUCCUGACGGCAGGGGCAGAGGAGUCCAACAUGCCAUUGUGGACCUUUGUCAAAGAGGUGGCGCAGGGUCGCCGGUCGACCAAGAAGAGUCUGUCCAAGGCUGCGGACAAGGGCUUGAGCGCUUUUGUUGGCUUGAUAGAGAGUGCAAGGCAGAAGUUGCAGGAAAGUACCGAUGAUUCCGCGCCUCGAAUCAUACUGGAAUUUCUGAUCAAGAAGCUUUCGUUCCGGGAAUAUCUCACGGCGACGUAUCCGCUGGAUGAGGAGAGUCGCUGGGCCAACGUCGAAGAGCUCUUGGCCCAGGCCGGGGACGCUUCGAACUCCGCCAUAACCGAGCACGAGGACAGCCUGCCUGAGAUCGAGGGCCUUGAGCAACGACAGGGGCAUCCUGGUGAGGAAGCCCUGGCACGUUUUCUGGCCAAUGUCGCCCUGUCCACGGAGGUCACCCCCGAGGAUGGCGAGCAGCCUCAGGAGAAGGUCACCAUCUCAACCAUCCAUGCGGCCAAAGGGUUGGAGUGGCCGGUCGUGUUCGUUGCGGCUGUCUACGAGGGAAUUAUCCCGCAUUCGCGAGCCGAAGACAGCGAUGAAGAACGACGUCUGUUGUACGUGGCCAUGACAAGGGCGCAGGCGCUCCUGUAUCUCAGCUUUCCACGCCGGGAUUCCAAGAACGGCGAGGAGACAACCCAGAGCUCGUUUCUGCCGCAGAAAAUCAUCGAGAGUCGGUUCCGUCCGACGGGGCCCCAGUUCCAUGACAAGGCAGUGUUUGGAAUCGCCGACAUUCUCCGUCGGGCGCGACCGACACAGGAGGACAUGUUGCGAGGCAUGGAGGGCCUUCCAAGCGUGUAUGAUGACCUGUGGACGGCCGAUGGGGAGGAGACGCCUGGGACGGCCACCAGAUGGGACGGCACCCGGGCGCUGCAACCGACCGAUGACCAGGAGCCCUGGGCGAAGCGACGCAGGCUAGACCAGGAAGACAACCGGUUUGGGGGUGGGUAUGUCGCAUCGUCGACUUACACGAUGAACAAUGCGGCCAGUUUCUCCGUCUCAAACACCACCCUCUCGCUAGGGUUCUCGACGGCAAGGCAACAUCUGGCGACGACGACGCAAGCGACGGGCCAGAACAAGCCGAUCAAAGAGACGACGACGACAGGUCGGAAAACAGGCGGAUUGACCCAGGGGACGAUAUCGAGUUUCUUUGGCCAACCGGGAGGGAAGCCACAAGGCUCCAGACCGCUCUUUUCGACGACAAUUCCGGCAGCCAGAACAGGGCAAGACGAGCAAAUCGGAAGUGGCGUCGAGCAAGGCUCGGUUCCCCGGCAGGCGCAGCAGCAGCAGCAGCGGCAGCAGCAGCGGCUCCCAGAAGAGCUCACCGAGCAUCGGGUCCAGCCACAGCGAUUCAAGCCACCACGGCCAGUGCUGGAGGGAUCCGAUCCCAACCGACGAUACACGUGGCUGUCGGGGCCGAAAGAAGCCUCGACGAAAAGGGACGAAGGGUCCACGGAAACAGAGACGACGACAGAGACGGCGAGGGCGGCGAGCGGUGAGAUUAAAAGUUCUGGCAGCGUCGCCAACGACGUCCGUCCGGCUGCCACGUACCACACGACGACGAUGUCGAUGUCUACAGAAUCCAGACGACUUGUCACAAGUCAGUCAGGUCAGGUGAUGCGUAUGUACUACUGUACUCGCCCUCUCUCUUGCCUGAAACUGGACAUUGACAUUGACAUUGCCGCUUUAUGGAACAGGGUGAACCGAUUAAUAGAAGCUUCUAUCUAG